UUAAAUAAUAAUAGAUUCUUCUCCCUCACGAACACAUCAUCAACAUCAUCAUCUAUACGUCUCCCCCAAAUCCAAUAAAUAUUUCCCCACCGCUCUAAAUAAAAAUCACUUCUCCUCCUCCUCCUUCUCAAUCUACUUGCUGCAUUUACACUGACGAAGAGAUUAUAUAUGGAUUCCGAUCGACGCUCUGAUUACUUCACUGUUAGGUCAGAAAACGGCGGAAUAAGAGACCUUUAUCGAUUCUUGGUAUUGGCCGACAUAGCCAGCGGCAACAAGUUCAUAGAAACUUCCAAUGAAGACUGCGUCAUGGGCCGCGACACCUGGGACCAUCGAUGGGUGAUAUUCAUCUCCAUCAUAGUCCGCAAAAUCAUUGCUUUCUUUGGUAAGCCUAUGGAAUGGACUGGUUACUGUUUUGAAUUCUUCCUAAAUCUCAUCUCUGACAAUGGAAACAUCCUCCGAUUGCUCCUCAAUCUCUUACAAGGGAAGGCUGUAAUACCGAAGAGAGGGUCGGAGACCUUCAUAAGCGUAAUUGGGCAUUUGGAUGGGAGAAUAGACCUCCUCCUCCUACACAAGAAGACCACCAGUAGUACUGCCAUUGAAGAAGAAGAAGAUGAUGAUACUUCUGCUUCCUUGUGGAGGAGGGUACUACAACAACCACUGAACAACAACACUAGUCUGAUGGACCUAUGUAUUAUGACCUCCAAGUUAGCUUAUGAGAACGCCAAAGUAGUCAGAAAUGUUGUCAAUCAGCAUUGGAAGAUGCAUUUUGUGGACUUCUACAACUGCUGGAACGGUAGAACAGAUUACCAAAAGGAGAAAUCUACUAAAGUAUUUAUAAUGUCUGACAAGGCUGAAGAUGCAAGUUUGAUAGUAAUCGGGUUCAGGGGCACAGAGCCAUUUAACGUGGACAAUUGGAGCACAGAUUUUGAUUACUCGUGGUAUGAGAUACCAAAGUUGGGGAAAGUCCAUAUGGGAUUUAUAGAGGCCUUGGGUUUGGGCAACAGGGCUGAUAUCUCUACGUUUGAUCAAGCAGUACUACUGAAGGAUAACAAUAAUAAUAAUGUUUUGAAAGAAGAAGAAAAGGAAUCACCAUCAUCUGGUAGUAAUAGUAGUAGUAGUAGUAGUCCAGAAAUGGUGGAGAGGAGUGCAUAUUAUGCUGUUAGAAGCAAGCUUAAGAGUAUGCUGAAACAACAUGAAAAGGCAAAGUUUGUUGUGACAGGACAUAGCUUGGGAGGGGCUCUAGCUAUAUUGUUCCCGACAGUGCUGGUUCUGCACAAGGAGAAAGAGGUGAUGGAAAGGCUGGCUGGAGUGUAUACAUUUGGUCAACCAAGAGUUGGAAACAGAGAGUUGGGAAGGUUGAUGGAAGAAGAAGACAUGAUAGGGCGUAGUAGAUACUUGAGGGUGGUGUAUUGUAAUGAUAUUGUUCCAAGGUUGCCUUUAGAUAACAAAACCUUCUUGUACAAGCAUUUUGGAGUUUGCCUAUACUAUGACAGCCUCUUUGUUGAAAAAAAUAUGGACCAGGAUGACGAACCAAACCCAAACUACUUUGGGUUUCAAUUCCUGAUUCCCGAGUACUUCAAUGCUGUUUGGGAGUUGAUAAGAAGUAUCACAAUGGGAUGUAGAUACGGACCAGACUACAGAGAAACUUGGCUUUCCCUAUUGCUCAGGGUUGCUGGUUUGGCUUUUCCUGGCCUUUCUGCUCACGCCCCAUCAAACUACGUUGACUCUAUCAGGUUGGCUGGGAAAUCCUAAUAAUCUCUACUCUUGCAUUCAUUUUGUUUGUUUGUUUUUAUAUUGUAUUAGUAGUCUAGACUAAUAUAUAUGCAGUAACUGGUGUUUUAACUAUCUAUCUAACUGGAUGGAUGGAUAUAUAUCCUUUUAAGAAAAUUUCAAAAUUUUACAGGAUAUAUGCAUAAUCCUUUUUUUUGUCUC